AACAUUUCACCUUCCAUUUUCUCACUUUCCCCUUUUCUUUUUUAUAUUUCCCCCUCUCUUUUUUCUUUUUUUUUAUUUCUUAUUAUUAUUGUUAUUAUUCAGUUUUCACUUUGUAGCCGCAUACACAGUCUCUAUAUUGGCCUAUUCCUCUUCUUCUCUCUCUGAUUCCUCUUUUUUCCCCCAAUUCACUUGAACAAAUUUCCCAUUAUUCCAGUGUUUUUUUUUAAUCGAUUUCUCAUCCACCCAGAACUUGAAAUUCCUUCAGAUUACAUUUCAAUAUGGCAGGAUGCAAGAUUUAUUUGAAGAAAAGGAAAACAGAUUGGCUUAAUUCCCUUUUGCAAAGCAAAUUUUUUGGUUCUUGUGUUCAUCAUCAAAACAAUAGAAAAAAUGAAAAGAAUGUGUUUUGUAUAGAUUGUGGUAUUGCUAUCUGCAGGCAUUGCCUGAUAUCUCAUUGUGUUCAUCGCCGGCUACAGAUCUGUAAGUACGUUUAUCAGUACGUCGUUCGUGUUCCCGACUUACAGGACCACCUUGAUUGUUGCAAUAUUCAGACUUAUAAGAUAAAUGGGGAGAAGGCUGUUCAUUUGAGUCCUCGUCCACAAUCGAAAGAUUCGAAACCGUCAACAAAAUUGAAGUUUGGAGGUACUUGUGAAGCUUGUGGGAGAUACAUACAAGACUUGCCUAAUCGCUUCUGCUCGAUCGCCUGCAAAGUCUCUAUGGUUCCAAUGGAACUCAACAAUCAAUGCUGUAGAUUCAUGGAUUCAGAGCCAAAUCUUAAAGAUAUUCCAUGGAAGGAAAACCAUAAUCUAGAAAUCAAUACAAGUGAAAUGGAAUCAUCAUCGAUCUCAGUAGCUGAAUCAACUGAAGAGAUUAAAGCAUGGCGAGUGAAGAUGGUGUUGAAUCCAAAGAAGCUUUUGCAUAAAAGGAAAGGCAUUCCACAUCGAUCGCCUCUGAAGUAAUGCCUAAACACUAAUCAUGAAGAUCUUCAAUACCCUUUCUCUGUCAAACCCACAUUUUUUCCAUAUAUCCAAGUCCUAUAAGAAUACAAGUAUAGAUAUAUAAUAUAACAUAUAUUUCAUCUCAUCUCUUGGUUUUUGGCUCUAUACUGGAUUAGUUAUGUUUUGGUUCCAUUUUUUUUUUUUUAUGCCAAUAUUUUUGGAGAUUGUAUAGAAAAAUGAUAGAUUUGCUUGUGGAAACAAUAAUCAAAUAAUUGACAUUGUUAUCUUAUAUUCUUUUGCUUAAUCUAAACAUUAUGGUGCUAUGCUGUUGCUAGAGCAUGCUGUAUUAAGACA